AUGCCCUCCCUCGUUCGAAAGCUGCUUGUCUUUGCAGCCGUCGACGGGCUGAUCCUGCAACCUGCCCCGCCCCGCAACCAUCCGCCCGCCACACAGCAGGCCAUCAAGAUCGAUUACCAGGGCAAUGUCGGACCAUUACUAAAGGACCGGCGCGAGGAAGAUACCACGUCCGAAUCUGUCGAGGCACAUGGCAUAAUUGGGCUUCUUCAAGUCGCAACAUCCCACUUCCUCAUCUCCAUCUCGGAUCGUGAACAGGUCGCGCAGAUACGCGGGAGGCCCGUCUAUAGAAUCACCGAUGUCGCCCUCAUUCCGCUGUCCUCGCAAGCCGAUGCCGACAAGGCCAUCGCCGCCACCCGCGACCAUCUGAGGCGUCGCAACGGAUCCCCCGGGCUCCAAGACCGAGACUCUGAUAGCGACGGUGAAGACGAUGCGCCCAGUGCGACCGACUCGGUCGUAGAAGAUGCAUCGCCCGCUUCAAAUAUAGUCACGGAUCCCAUCACCGGGCGGAAGAGCAGUCCUCAGCCCAAGACAAGCGUUGCUGAAGACGUCAUACAACGGAAAGGUGUGUACGGCAGGUUCGCUGAUAAGUGGUUCUCUCGCAAAGGAUGGAGCGCAGACAAUAGACGUGUGCAGGGGCUCAGCUCCGAGGAGAAUCUGGCUGCCAAGUAUGCACGACAGGACGGCGAUUCAGCGGCGCCCAAGGAGCACGAACAAACCGAAGGUGAAUCCAAGCCAGAUGCAAUCCCAACAGACGACGACAAUGCGCCCAAAGUAGUCAGCCCCACAGCCAUACCCAAAGCACUAAGCGGUGACAAGGACGCGGCAACAGUAGCGUUGUUGCCAAAGAUCUUGCAGACGACGAAAAUGUACUUUGCUUCGGGCAACUUUUUCUUUUCCUACGACUAUGAACUAUCGCAUGGAAUUGGCCAGGAACAGCCAAGUUCCAGCGUGCCGCUCUUCAAGCAAUUCGAUCCUCUGUUUUUCUGGAACCAGCAUAUUGUGUCUCCAUUCAUAGAGGCUGGCCAACACUCCUUUGUCCUUCCUGUAAUUCAGGGAUUUGUCGGCCAAAGAGCUUUUACAAUCAAGACUGCGGAUAGUCAAUCCAACAGCUUAGUGGUUGAUCCGAGCGCAACUCCAGAUGACAUACAAUUACAACCAUGGCAGGAGAAACAAAAGCAGGAUUCAGUAGCUCCAGCGAGUGAAAACACUGAGCCAUCUGCACCUCAAGAUACUCUAGUAGAGGGCAAAGACUUCUUGCUGACCCUCAUUUCGCGACGAUCAACCAAGCGGGCGGGUCUGCGUUAUCUACGACGUGGCACAGACGACGAGGGCUGUACGGCCAACAGUGUUGAGACUGAGCAGAUACUUUCUAAUCCGACUUUUGAUACGACGCAUGACAAGAUAUUUUCCUUCACUCAGAUCCGCGGAUCUAUACCACUAUUCUUCUCCCAAUCACCGUACAGUCUCAAGCCCCAAGUGACCACUUGGGGCUCAUUUGAGACGAAUGCCCUCGCCUUCAAGCGACACUUUCUUGAUCUAUCAGCACGGUAUGGAGACAUAUACUGUGAUUCGCUGAUAGACAAACACGGUACCGAGGCGAAGAUUGGUCAACUCUACGAACAACAUGCAAAGGCGCUCAAUGAGAAUGGAGGCAUCGACGGCAAAGGCAGACAGCUAGGAUUCGAGUGGUUCGACUUCCACAAUGUGUGCCGCGGUAUGCGCUUUGAAAAUGUCUCCAAGUUGAUGGACUCUAUUGAGCCGUUUAUGAAGUCGUCGGGUUGGGUUGAGAUUGCUGAGGACCAAAUUCAGCGAAAGCAGAGUGGUGUUUUGCGCACCAACUGCAUGGAUUGUUUGGACCGCACCAACGUUGUGCAGUCAGCUUGCGCCGGGACUGCUCUUGAGGCGCAGUUAUCCAUGGGCAGCUACCACAUUGAUCUGCAGAACGACCCCAGCACCUCGUGGUUCAACACGCUAUGGGCAGACAACGGCGAUGCCAUCUCUCGCCAAUAUGCGGGCACCGCUGCGCUCAAGGGAGACUUCACACGAACGCGCAAACGUCAAAUUACCGGUGCCCUAACAGAUUUCGGACUGACAUUGACUCGUUACUACAACAACAUUGUGAAUGACUACUUCGCCCAAGCAGUCAUUGACUACCUUUUGGGCCGCGCAACCGACAGCAUUUUUUCAGAGUUUGAAGCGGACAUGAAGAGCUCGGAUCAUUUUGUUGAUGUGCGCAAAGUACGACAGCAGGCGAUUGAGCGCUCGGCAGGAAUCGUCAUCGAGGACCAGGACGAGGAUCUAGUGCAGGGGUGGACUCUGAGUGUGCCCACUGCAGCAAACCAAGUCAAAACAGCCACCUUCGAGGAAGCGAUCCUGCUGCUGACGGAGAAGGCCUUGUACUUUUGCCGUCUGGACUGGGGUACUGAAAAGGUGCGGGAGUUUGAACGCAUACCACUUGAGAAUGUUCAGGGCCUCAUGCGCGGUGUUUAUAUUACGUCAACCCUAGCACACCGACAUACGGAUACAGAUAAGAACGUUGGCCUCAUUAUUCGGUAUCGAGCCGACAGCCGUAGGAAGCUGGUGCGCCGAAACACAAGAUCGCUCGGCUCCGACAAUGGCAACAAUGAAGAGGCCAAAGACGACAACAAGCAGGCCGAGAAGCAGGAUGCCGCGGGUCGGUUCCUAGCGUUCAAGGCCUUGGCGCCGCAAAGCAGUGUUCCUUCAUCCCCCAGCGAUACAGCCGAUGAUGAGGGAGAGGUGGUCAAGUCGGUGUGUGAUGAGAUUGCGCGGGUCGCCAACCGCUUGCCAAGGGACGGAGGUGAAGAAAGUCGAAAAGUGGAGAUUGAAGAGAAGGACAUCAUCAGCCUUGCAGAUGCAAAGAAGAGUACCGGAUACUUGGAACAGUUUGAGUACUCGCUGAAGAAGCUUGUCUGGGGCUAAGCCUUGUGGAUUACAGCCUGGCCUGCGGGCAUGGAUUGUGUGUAUAGACCAUUGUACGCACCGCAUGGACAGCUGCGC